CGCACGCCUGCUGCUGCCGCGACAGGAGACGAGCUAAGCCAUGAGGCUGCUGGAGGCUUCACCGAAGCAGAGGGGCCAAGAAACAGAGCAGAAGGACGCCGUCGUCGUGGCAGGCAUUGAGGCAGUGUGCGAGCCGUCCCCGCAGCUGAUGAUGCCGCCGCUCAACUUCGCCAUGGUCGACGACGGCAUCUUCCGCUCGGGGCUCCCCGCCGCGGCCAACUUCCGGUUCCUGCUCUCCCUCAGCCUCCGCUCCAUCGUGUACCUGUGCCCGGAGCCGUACCCGGAGGAGAACGCGCGGUUCCUCGGGCGCGCCGGGAUCAAGCUCCACCACUUCGGCAUCCAAGGCCAAAAGGAACCGGUUGUCAACAUCCCUGAAGAAACCAUCCGAGAGGCGCUAAAAGUCAUCCUGGACGUAAGAAACCACCCAUUGCUCAUCCACUGCAAGAGAGGCAAGCACCGGACGGGCUGCGUGGUGGGGUGCCUGAGGAAGCUGCAGAAGUGGCGCCUGUCCUCGGUGUUCGACGAGUACCACCAUUUCGCGGCGGCCAAGGCGAGGAAGACCGACCAGAGGUUCAUGGAACUCUUCGACACCUCAAGCUUGCUCCAGGCCCCGCCGCCGCCGCCGCAGGCUGCGAAGAUGGAGGCGGAGAAGCUGAAGCCGCCCCCGUCGUCGGGCGAGGCCAAGAAGCCAGGCGGCAUCCCCCGCGUCUGGUCCACCGACGACGAGGUCCACAUCCUCGAGGCCCUCGUCGCUCACCGCCAGGAGCACGGCGUGCUGCCACAGCCCGACGCUCUCAUGGAGGCCCUCGCCGGCAAGCUCGACAACCGAGCCUACGGCAGCAAGGAGCUCCAGUCCAAGCAAGCUACUCUGAGGCAGCGGUACAACAAUGCCAUCAAGAGGGGUGAGGUGCCGACGAAGGAACACGACCGCCAGCUCUACGACCUCUCCAACAUCAUAUGGGGCAGCGGCAAGACUGCUGCGGCGAAGGCGAACGGCGACGAGCCUAGGAGUUUCGCCGAGAUGUGUGAGCUGUACCCAUACCUGGCAGAGGAGGUGAAGGAGCUGGAGGCGGGACACCCUGGCCUGUUCAAGAGGGAGUUCGGGAAGAUGGACGACGACAAGGCACGAGCGAUGGACACCAAGAUCAAGAGGCAGAGGCUGGUGCAGAUGAAGGUGGAGAUGCGCCGCGGCGACCUCGCCAAGGAGGUGAGAAAGACACUCAUCGAGCUGCUCGACUGAAGGGGGCAGGCUGGUAACCAAACUUACUGGGGAUCACUGGAAAUUGAUAUUUUGUGCUAGAACUGCAAAUUGUGGCGUGUUUGGUGGUAUAAGGAUGUUUGUGUGCGACGAGAGUGUAUGCUAGAACUCCAGACUCCAGAGUACUAUGUUUUGGUGGUGUUAGAUUGUUUCUCUGAUGAUAUAGUCCAUGGUGCAAGUUUAUUUCCUAUUUUCGUAUGAUUAGGGAGACAGGUAGUCCAACAUUCAGAAAACUGGUGCAAGAGUAUUUCUUAUUUCCGUA